AUGAAAUCGACCCCCGGUCCACUCAACUCCUACCAUUUAGUCCCACUUACCUCAGGGAUCCGGGGCCCGGUUCUCACACUUCCUCAUUCCCCCUAAUCCAUUUGAAUUUUUUCGGGUUCGCUUUCCUUGGAGGGGAUGCAUUCAGACGAAAUUCCGGAAGAAUCCUCCUCAAGGGGCAGCAUGAGUGGGUGCAAGGAGACAGGGAGCCCCCUGUUUGGUCUGGAGACCCUCAAGAAGUUGCAGGCUCACAAUCUGGGGAAAGCCGCCUCUCUCAAGUCUUCAAAACAGCACCUCCACCAGAUGAUCGCCGAGUACGAGGCUCUGGACCAGGAGCUCCCGUGUAUUCGCAAAUUCCCCAAGCCACCGACUGCCCAGCCACUCUGCCUCUGCCUGGAGACGGCGCCUGAGGCUGAUCUGACCCACCUGGACGUGCUGGCCGCACUGAAUGAAGAGCUGCCCGAGGCCUUGGAGAGCGGCCGUGUGAGCAGCAUUCGUUUCGAGAACCUGAACGUGAUCUGUGGCACAGCCGGACGCCGGGACAGGUGGCUGAUCACCGUGACGGACUUCCAGGCGCGCUCCCACCUGCUGCGCUCGGGUCUGCGCCUGCUUGGGGAGCCUCACCCCCUCACCCGGCACGACGAGACGCAGCUGAGCGAUUACCGCCUGUACCUGCGCCGGGCGCUGGCCCGCCGUCGCCUGCUGGAGGCCCUAGGGGCCAGCCAGGCCCCGGAGGACUGAAGGGCCCCGCCGCCGCCGCCGCCGCCGCACGUGCUCACGAAGAGGCCCGGCGGGGAGGCCGACGUUCCCAGAAAGGAGGCAGGGCCGGCUCGGGGUAGAUACUGUGAGUUUAAUUAUAAAGAAUGACCCGA